AUGGAUAGGAGUUGGAUUCAUAGAUCACGAGAUCGUAUAUUCCGUGCGGGUGAUCAAUAUGAAGCUGGUGUAAAUGGUUUCCUGGACUUUGCUUUUUCCACAGUACCCAUAGGGGAGAAGAUUUCAUGCCCGUGUAUAAUUUGCAUUAAUCGACGACUAGGAACACGAGAUGAAGUGUUUGAGCACUUGAUAGUUGAUGGAAUUAUGGCUGGCUAUACGGUGUGGAGUUCCCAUGGGGAAGUUAUACCUUCAAAUACCACAAUAAUAGAAAACAUUGUGGUUGAUGAAGAAGAUGAAGAAGAUGAAGAGAUUGUUAACAUAAAUGACAUACUUCAAGAUGUGUUUCCUGGUGAAGCCUUUGAAGGAGCUGGUGGUAGUAGCACAAGUGGACACAUAGAGGGAAUAGGAAAUGAGUCAGAAAAAUUGGAUAGAUUGAUGCAAGAAGCAGAGAAAGCAUUGUAUCCAGAAUGCAACGAGUUCACAAAAUUGUCAUUUACUGUUGCACUAUAUCACAUAAAGUGCCUAUGCAGUUGGAGUGACAAGUCCUUCUCUAUGUUGUUGGAUUUAUUGAAGAAAGCACUACCACAAAAUAAUACCUUGCUGAAUUCUUUAUAUGAAGCAAAGAAGAUGCUUAAAGAUUUGGGACUCAGUUACAACAAGAUCGAUGCAUGCCCUAACGAUUGUAUGCUAUAUUGGAAGGAUGCAUCUAAUGAAAAGUCUUGUCUCAAAUGUGGGGCAUCAAGAUAUUCACCCAAAUCCAAAGCUCCAGCAAAAACAUUACGCCACUUUCCUCUGAUACCAAGGCUUCAAAGAUUAUAUAAGUCAUCAGUAACAUCAUCUGAAAUGAGAUGGCAUAAAGAUGGACGUAUGGAUGAUGGAAAAAUACGUCAUCCUGCAGAUGCAGAAGCAUGGAAGGAUUUUGACAGACUGCAUCCAACUUUUAGUGCGGAUCCCCGAAAUGUUAGGUUGGGGCUUUCAAGUGAUGGAUUUAAUCCUUUUAAUGAUAUUAAGAAUUCAUAUAGCAUUUGGCCUGUUAUUGUGGUGCCAUAUAAUCUGCCACCAUGGAAGUGCAUGAAACAAACAUCGUUCAUGUUGACAUUACUAAUUCCAGGUAAAAAUCAGCCUGAAAAUGAUAUAGAUGUUUAUUUACAGCCUUUGAUUGAUGAAUUAAAAUUAUUGUGGGAUGGUGUUGACACCUAUGAUUCAUUGAAGAAAGAGUCAUUCCAUUUACGUGCCUGCCUCUUAUGGACAAUCAACGACUUUCCUGCAUAUGCCAAUCUUUCAGGCUGGAGCACCAAGGGUGCAUUGGCGUGCCCUUGUUGCAACAAAGAGACCAUGUCAACUUGGUUGAAACACAGCCAUAAGCAAUGUUACCUAGGCCAUCGUCGAUUCCUAGAAGGAAAUCAUAAAUUUCGAUUGGAUAAGAGAGGUUUCAAUGGUUGUGUUGAGUUUGGGGUAGCACCACAGCCCCUUUCAGGCAUUGCUUCGCUAGCUCAAAUGGAAGGUGUAGAAUUUCCUACAUUUGGUAAGGAAUCUGAUAAGAAUGAUACCGGUAAACGAAAGAGAGUUGGAGCUCGAACUGAACUACCUUUUAAUUGGAAGAAGAGAAGUGUAUUCUUUGAGUUGCCAUAUUGGAAGCAUAAUCUACUCCGUCAUAAUCUGGAUGUCAUGCAUAUAGAAAAGAAUGUGUGUGACAACAUCAUUGGUACACUGUUGGAAUUAAAAGAUAGAUCAAAGGAUAAGUUGGAGGCCCGACUAGAUUUGCAAGACAUGAACAUUAGACCAUCUUUGCAUCCGCAGAGGAUAGAGGGGAGCACUAAAGUGAUUAUACCUCCAGCAAGCUAUACAAUGUCUAAGGUAGAAAAAGAACAGUUUUGCAAAGCUUUAGAUGGUUUGAAGGUGCCUGAUGGGUAUUCUGGAAAUCUAUCACGUUGUGUGAAAGUUACUGAAAGGGAUAUGUCUGGAAUGAAGAGCCAUGAUUGUCAUGUUUUAAUGCAACAACUCCUUCCUCUAUCAAUACGGGUACAUCCAACGAAGAAUGUUAAGUUGGUGUUGUUGUCAUUGUGCGCUUUCUUUCGAUGUGUAUGUGCGAAAGUUGCUAAAAUCGAAGAUUUGAACCAACUUGAAGCCGAUUGCAGUAAAACCCUAUGCAAUCUAGAGAGGAUCUUCCCUCCUACAUUCUUUGAUGUUAUGGUUCAUCUAAUGGUUCAUUUACCACGGGAGAUAUUAUUGGGUGGACCCGUCCACUAUAGGUGGAUGUAUCCUUUUGAAAGGUUCAACAAGACCCUCAAGGAUUACAUGCGUAAUGCAAGGCACCCAGAAGGGUCUAUUGCAGAGGGAUACAUUGCAAAUGAAUGUUUACAAUUUUGUGCUCCGCAUAUCAAAGGACUCGAGACCCGAUUAACCCGUCCAAAGAGGAAUGUUGAUAACGAACAUCUACAGGUAGAGCAGCAACAUUGGGUAUUCUCAUGCAAAGGUAGACCAUUAGGGCGUGCUGCGAUGGUGCGAUUAGAGUGGAAAGAGAUUGUACAAGCGCAUCGAUAUGUUCUAUUGCAUUACGAACCCAUUAAUACAUAUCGAAAGCUCCAUUUGGAAGAGCUAAAAGAGAACCUAGGCCAUAGGGUUCGACAAGAACAAAGAGAUAAGGUGCAUGCAGAGCAAUUCACAGAAUGGUUUAGAAGUCAUGUGGACAAGCUACGCGAAAGUGGAGAAAUCAUACCUCCCAUUAUUCAAAGGCUAGCCCAGGGUCCCAAUUGGGAAGUAAAAAAGUAUAAGGGGUACAUAUUGAAUGGUAUACGUUUCCACACCAAGGAUCGUGAAGCUAAUCGACGAACCCAAAAUAGCGGCGUCUUAGUAACCUCAAUAACAUCAAGCAACCCUCGUCGUAGAGAUACUCAACCUUGUGAUGGAAAUGUGCAUUACUAUAGUGUGUUGAAGGAAGUUGUUGAGAUGGAAUAUUCAGCGGACCUAAAAGUAAUGCUAUUCCAUUAUGAUUGGGUUGAAACAAGGGAUAGGGCAGUGUUCAAAGAACCUAUUGGCUUUACACGGGUGAACUUCAAUCAUUUAAUGCAUACCGGUCGACAUUUAUCUGAUGACCCAUUUGUCUUUCCUAGCCAAGCAGAGCAAGUAUUUUAUGUGUCAGACCCCCUCAACAAAGGCUGGGCUAUUGCUCUCAGUGCAUCAGUGCGCGAUGUGUUUGAUAUGAAUGUUGUUGUGGAAGAAUACUUUACUCAAGAUUAUCAACAUAUGAACAUGCAGACUAGGGAUCUGAGACGAGUAAAUAUUGGUGGUGUUGAUCUUAGUUGGGAAAGGACAGACUUAGAAGGAACAACAGUUGAUGCAACUCUCCAAUAA